UGAGUUGCACAGCGUUGACAUGGAAAUGUCCGAAGAGUGUGUUCAAACAGAAGCUAUCCAGCCACAGGCACUUCACAUCUCCGUUUCUACAGAUAGUGAGACAGUUUUGCCAUCCUGCUCUGUGACAAUGCCUGUUGACCUGAGCUGGCAAGAACAGUUUACGGAGAUGCCUCAGUCCCCACAAGCACCAUCUCCCAUACACAGAUGUGACAAAGGAACUCAGACAGAUUCCAAGAAGAGAAGCACAGGUGUUCAAACUAAGAUGCGCACACAUCAGAAGGGUACGCAGACAUGGUAUAUUCCAUCUGAACCUGUACCCCGUUCUUCAACUCCAGUACCAACAAAUGAAUCACAAGUGUGGAGUGAAAGUGACAGUGAAACGGAGAUACGUGAUCCUCACGACACUACGUAUGACCCCAACCAAAGUGACCUAAACUUGACGCAGGAUACCUCGCUCUGUGAAAGGUCGUUCAUCGACCACUGUGAUACUGUCAACAGCCACACAGAAAGUAGCAGCGUUACUGAGCACCCUACUAAAGAUGACGGGCACGAAACCAGCGACACUCACCAACACCGAGAGGCAAUGUACAUGGUUUCGGAAACCUGCCUUCUUCAGCUGCUCAAGACUUGCCCAGAAUGUUUGACGACAAAAACUGUGACAGAAGUCAACUGCAAGGGCUCGUGCCUACGUGUAACUGUGACAUGCCAAAACAAUCACACAAGGGUUUGGUACAGUCAGCCUUCGCUUGGUGGAAAGCCAGUUGGAAACAUCAUAAUGAGCGCUGCCAUACUUAUCCGGGAUGUAGCCCUACAAAGGUGUUGCGACUAUUCCAGUUCAUGAAGCUUGCCAGCGUAAAGAAGACCCAGUACUUCAGAAUGCAGCAUUGCUACCUUUUUCCCGCAGUCAAGGAGGUAAAGCACAAGUCAUUUUCUAUUUACAGAAAGCAUGAUGGACUCCCUUUAUCUAUUUUU